UAUCUUAAAGAAAACUACGCGAUUGACAAUUUCAAAAACACAUCCUAUAAAAGAAUGAGGAUUCAGUUUCGGUAUCCGAUAAGAUCCCCCAAAAAUAUAUAUAUCGUAAAAUUCUAUAUGCCCGCAUAAUUAUCCAUAAAUAAAGGUCAUACAUGUUUAACCUUCCUCUCACACAAAAACAAAAUCUAAAGAAGAGAAGAAAAAUAGGUUAAACAAAAAGCUCCUCUAUAAAUUACUUGAGACGUUCUCAUAAGAUUGCUUUCUUAAACACUCAACAAUGAAGAGCCUCAUUUUCCUCGUACCUCUCCUUUGUCUCAUCAUUUCACCAACCACAACGAUUGCAAGUUGGCCAAAACCUUCGGAAGUCUCCAAAGAGGACAUGCUGAUGAAUACCGACCACAACCAUUACUUUGGUAAUAAAUUGAACUACGAAGAUUCCAAAGUCUGGAAAUGUACAUACAACAACGGAUCUGGAGCCGCCGUCUCUAUUUCCUACCCUGCACCUCCACAUCCUCCGUCACCAAAGCCACCAACUCCGUCGUCUCGGCCUCCUUCACCUCUAUCUCCAAAAAAGUCUCCACCACCGCCAAAACCAUCACCGCCGCCACGAACUCCCAAAAAGUCUCCACCACCUAAGCCAUCAUCGCCUCCACCAACUCCCAAAAAGUCUCCACCACCGCCUAAACCAUCAUCGCCGCCACCAACUCCCAAAAAGUCUCCACCAUCGCCUAAACCAUCAUCGCCGCCACCAAGUCCCAAAAAGUCUCCGCCGCCUCCUAAACAAUCUCCGUCUCCUCCUAAACCAUCUACGCCUCCACCAAAUCCUAAGAAGUCUCCGCCCUCUCCUAAACCAUCAUCACCACCACCAAGCCCCAAAAAGUCUCCCCCGCCUCCUAAUCCUUCUAAACCAUCAUCACCGCCACCAACUCCUAAGAAGUCUCCACCACCUCCCAAACCAUCUCAGCCGCCUCCUAAACCAUCUCCUCCACAUCGUAAACCAUCUCCGCCGACUCCUAAACCAUCAACAACUCCACCAACUCCAAAAAUUUCACCUCCAUCUCCUAAACCAUCACCUCCGCGUCCAACUCCCAAGAAGUCUCCACCACCGCCACCAACAAGGCCAUCAACUCCGGCACAUCGAUAUCAAAAUCCGUGGGUGCAUUUCGCGAGCUGCAUUAGCGAAUUUGGACCGUCGGCAAUAUGUAAGCAACAGAUGGAGGUAAGUUACUACAGAAGAGGGUUUCUUGUUAGUGACUAUUGCUGCAACCUUAUUGUCAACAUGAGACAUGAAUGUACCGAUGUCAUUUUGGGCUUCUUCACCGAUCCUUUCUUCGUUCCUCUUAUUCGUUACACUUGUCAUGUUAAGUAUUAGCUCUUGUUUGGUUUUUUUUUUUUUUAACUAUAGGGCUUUUCUUUUCUUCUUGGGUUCUUUAGUCAUGCAAUUUUGUUGUUGUCCAUAUCUUAUGGACUGCUCUUUUGCUACAUUUCAGGAAUAAUAAAUAUGGUUUUUCUUUUUCUU